GGUCACCGUCCUCCUUUCUCCACAUAAAUUAUACAAAAAAAAUCAACAUUUGUCUGAACUUUUCAACUCCUAUAUAAACGGCAGAGACGACGGAGGCAGUGGUGGCGGAUCUAGAAAAUGGGGACCCAAGUGAUCAUUAGAGCCAAUUUUUAUUUUCAUCAUAAGAGAAAUGUGUUUGAGCCAAUCCCAACAUCUUUGCAAUUGCUUUCUCCUCUAUCCUUCAAGAAUCGUUUCAGUAAAAUCAGGACUUCCGGAAUAAGAACAAAGCAGGGGAGUAAAGAACAUUGGGGGGCGGUGGCGGUGAAGGCGGCCGCCGGCGGCAACGCUGAGGCUCCAGUUGGCUGGGAUGGUUGGAAACCUGAGAAGGGUUCUUCUGCUCCUUCACUCAGCGAUAUCCUCUGGCCUUCCGCAGGCGCGUUUGCGGCAAUGGCGAUAUUGGGGAAGAUGGACCAGAUACUGGCGCCGAGAGGGAUUUCCAUGACGAUUCCGCCACUGGGUGCGGUUUGUGCGGUGCUCUUCGCCGUUCCCUCUUCCCCGGCUGCGCGGAAGUACAAUAUGUUCAUGUCUCAGAUUGGUUGUGCAGCCCUUGGUGUUGUGUCAUUUGCCCUAUUCGGUUCUGGUUGGCUUGCAAGGAGUGCUGCCCUUGCUGCAUCCAUAGCCUUCAUGAUCUACACGCGUUCCACACAUCCUCCAGCUGCAAGCUUGCCGAUUUUGGUUCUCCCUACCAUUAGUGGAUCAAACAAAAGCCGUACUUAGAUUGCAACAGCUUAAUUAAAUUGUAUGUUUGAAUUUAGAAAUGAGUGCGCAGGGAUUUGAAAAGGGUAGAGUCAUCUCCUUUUUGUUUAGUGACAUAUAAAAAAAUAAAUAAAUAAAUAAAUAAAUAAAGGAAAUUUAUUACU